UUUUAGAAUUUAUAGUGAAAAAAUGACUCAACCAGUAGCUGAUAUUGCUGUUAUUGGACUUGCAGUAAUGGGACAAAAUUUAAUUUUGAAUAUGAACGAUCAUGGAUUUGUGGUUUGUGCAUUCAAUAGAACAGUUCAAAAAGUCGAAGAAUUUCUUGCAAAUGAAGCUAAAGGGACUAAAAUAGUUGGAGCAACUUCUUUAGAACAUAUGGUUAAACUUCUCAAACGGCCUCGCAGAGUUAUGCUUUUGGUAAAGGCUGGAAGUGCUGUUCAGGAUAUGAUUGACAAAAUAGUCCCACUUUUGGAAUCUGGAGAUAUUAUUAUUGAUGGAGGGAAUAGUGAUUAUCAUGAUUCUAAUGUAAGGUUUUCUUUUAAGGAUUUUUUUGGGGGAAUUUGGAGUUUGGGGCUGUUGGUUCUUGACAGUGUGCCUCGGUUUUGUAAACACCAAUUUUUGUAUCCGUCCAAAAUAAAAAUGGUGAAAUGUCUAAAACCGGAAGUGUGUAAUAGAGAUCUAGCCAACCCGAUUCCCGAAAACCGGGAAUUGAAUUUUUAUAGACGAUUUGAAGAAUUGGCAAAGAAAGGAAUUUAUUUUGUUGGUUCCGGUGUCAGUGGUGGUGAAGAAGGAGCCAGAUAUGGGGUUAUUUUUAUACUUACACUUAAUCCAAUUUCACUUAUUUUAAUCCUUUUUCAGCCUUCUUUAAUGCCUGGUGGUUCUCCAGAAGCCUGGAAACAUUUAAAACCAAUCUUCCAAGGAAUCGCAGCAAAAGCCCCAGAUGGCCUUCCAUGUUGUGAAUGGGUGGGGACUGCAGGUUCUGGACAUUUUGUCAAAAUGGUUCACAAUGGAAUCGAGUAUGGCGAUAUGCAGUUAAUUUGUGAGGCUUUCCAUUUAAUGAGUGAAGGAUUGGGACUUGAUUUUACAAAAAUGGCUGAGAUUUUUGAGGAUUGGAAUAAAGGAGAACUCGAUUCUUUUCUGAUAGAAAUUACUGCAAACAUUUUACGUUAUCGUGAUGAAGAUGGAGAGCCAAUGGUGCCGAAAAUACUUGACUCUGCUCAACAGAAAGGUACGGGUAAAUGGACGGGCAUUGCUGCACUUGAAUAUGGAAUUCCUGUUACUUUAAUUGCUGAAGCAGUUUUUGCCCGUUGUUUAUCUUCUCUAAAAGAACAACGUGUUAGUGCUUCGAAAGUUUUACCUGGACCAGUAAAGAAAUCUAAAGAAAUUAUUAAAGACUUGGAAUUAUUUAUUCAUAAUCUUGGACAGGCUUUAUACGCUUCCAAAGUUGUCAGUUAUGCUCAAGGAUUUAUGCUACUUUCUGAGGCGAGUAAUCAUUUUAAUUGGAAUUUGGAUUAUGGGGCCAUUGCAAUGAUGUGGAGAGGUGGAUGUAUUAUUCGUUCGCGAUUUUUGGGACGAAUUAAAAGUGCCUUUGAGAAAAAUCCGAAGCUUGUAAAUUUACUUUUGGAUGAUUUCUUUCUUGAUGCGAUGAAGAAUGCUCAGGUUAAUUUUUUUGAGAAUUUUUGA